AUGGCAACUAGUCAAUCAAGUGGCACAAGAACAAGUAACCCAUCAUCUGGUCUCUGCACGCGUGUUACUGCAAACCGACGUAUAUAUAUGGAAAAAAUAGAAAAUGUCUUCCUUAUUUGGUUAGACAACAAUAUUAAUGAAAAUAAUACUGAUUGUAGUAAUACUAUCAAGCAAUUGAAACGAGUAGUUAACAACAUAAACACGUUUACAGAUGGUGAAGAAUGCAUUGAAUUUAUUCAAACCAUUACUAACAAUAAAGUAUGCAUGAUUGUCUCCGGGUCACUUGGAAAAUAUAUUAUGCGUCAUGUGCAUGACAUGUCCCAAGUGGAUACCAUUUUUAUUUUUUGUAACAAUCAAGAAUGCCACAAACAAUGGGCCACAGAAUGGCCUAAAAUAAAAGGAGUCUUCACAGAUAUAACAUCGAUCUGUGAAGCUCUUAAACAAACCGCUCAUCAAUGUGAGCAAAAUGCCAUCUCAAUCAGCUUCGUAGCAUCAAACAAAAAGCUGGAUCAAUUAGAUCCAUCUUUUAUGUAUACUCAGAUCUUCAAAGAAAUCCUAAUAACCAUUGACUUCAAAAACAGACAUUUUGAAGAAUUUAUUACUUAUUGUCGUGAUACAUUUCUCGAAAAUGAGUAUGAAUUACAUAAUAUUGAAAAAUUAGAACGUGACUAUCAUAAUCAAACACCUAUUUGGUGGUAUACUUAUCAAUAUUUUUUAUAUUCGAUGCUUAAUCAAGCAUUAAGACAAAUGGAUGUUGAUAUUAUUGUUCGAAUGGGUUUCUUUAUUAGUGAUCUACAUCAUGAUAUUCAACGACUCCAUUCAGAACAAUUUUAUGGUCGAAAAUCCAAUAAAAUAUUUACAGUUUAUCGUGGACAAUGUCUUUCAAAAGAAGAUUUCACCGAAAUGACAAAAACAAAAGGUGGACUUCUUUCAUUCAAUAACUUUUUAUCGACUAGUAGAAAUCGUGAUGUUUCUCUCUGUUUCGCACCACACGCUGCAAUAAGCCCUGAUCUUGUUGGAAUUUUAUUUGUUAUGUUAAUUAAUCCAACUGAUUCAACCACUCCAUUUGCUUCUGUUAGUGAUGUUAGUUAUUUUCAUACAGAAGAUGAAGUUCUCUUUUCUAUGCAUACCAUUUUUCGCAUUGGAGAUAUUAAACCAAUGGAUGGAAAUAAUUAUCUCUAUCAAGUGAAUUUAACAUUGACCAGUGAAAAUGAUCAAGACCUUCAUACUCUUACUGAUCAGAUCCGACAGGAGACUUUUCCAGAUAAAGAAGAAUGGUACAGAUUAGGUCAGUUGCUGAUUAAAAUGGGUCAAUUUAUCAAAGCUCAAGAAAUUUAUAAAGUUUUACUUAAUCAAAUAACAAAUGAGCGUGACAAGGCACUGAUCUAUUAUCAACUAGGUUGGAUAAAAAAUAAUCAAGGAAAAUACCAAGAAGCACUUUCAUUUCAUGAAAAAGCCCUUGCAAUUCGACAACAAUUACUUCCUUCCAAUCAUCCUGAUUUGGCUGAUUCCUAUAACAAAAUCGGUAAUGUGUAUAACGACAUGGAUGAAUAUUCAAGAGCACUUUCAUCUCAUGAAAAAGCCCUUGCAAUUCGACAACAAUCACUUCCUUCCAAUCAUCCUGAUUUAGGUACGUCCUAUAACAACAUCGGUAAUGUGUAUUAUAACAUGGGUGAUUAUCCAAAAGCACUUUCUUAUUAUGAGAAAGAUCUUAAAAUUCUACAACAAUCACUUCCUUCCAACCAUCCUCAUUUAGGUGGUUCUAAUAGCAACAUUGGUUUGGUGUAUUUCAGAAUUGGUGAUUAUCCAAAAGCACUUUCUUAUUAUGAGAAAGCCCUUGUAAUUCAACAACAAUCACUUCCUUCCAAUCAUUUUCAUUUGGGAGAUUCUUAUAACAACAUCGGUGCGGUGUAUUACAACAUGGGUGAUUAUCCAAAAGCACUUUCAUCUCAUGAAAAAGCCCUUGUAAUCCGUCAACAAUCACUUCAUCCCAAUGAUACUGAUUUGGGCACGUCUUAUAACAACAUCGGUAAUAUGUAUAAUGACAUGGGUGAUUAUUCAAAAGCACUUUCUUAUUUUGAAAAAGCUCUUGCAAUUCAACAACGAUCACUUCCUUCUAAUCAUACUGAUUUGGGUAGCUCCUAUAACAACAUUGGUUUUAUUAAUGAGAAUAUGGGUAACUAUUCAAAAGCGCAUUCAUAUUAUGAACGUGCUAUACUAAUUGGGGAACAAUCAUUACCAACAAAUCAUCCGAAUCUUGAACGAUGGAGAAAAAACGUUGAAAACAUAAAAACCAAAUUAUAG